AGAGGCGUGUCCUGUUGCCAUGGUCACGCGUCACCGGGCAACGCGGCAGUGAAGCGUGGUCGUGGAAAAGCUUUUUGUUCCGGAAAUAAAACAAAGCGGAACAAUUCACACGUUUUCUUCCACGAUCGUUUUCUUUUUGUUUUUAAAUCAUGAAGUUAGUGAACUAGUUUGUUUACGGACCGAAGCUGCUUCACUUCCGCCUCCUACACGAUGCCGGAACACAAAGACUGUACACGGCUCCAGUCAAACAGUCACUGUGACAGCGAGAAGAACAGGAAGAAGAAGAAGAAGAAGAAAAGGAAGAGAACCGCUGCUUCCAUCACUUCUCCAGAAAACACACGUCAAGAGAAACCUCACACUGUGCCUUUGCAUCCUGAGACCCUGCCAGUUUCUCUGCUGACCCCUCAGAGUCCCGCUCAGCCCCGAGCCCCGCUGCCCAAGCUCACAGCUACAGGUAAGAAUAGUGGAGAACAGUUCGCUGGCAGCGGCUGGAGGAGCAAAAAACACCCUAAGAAUUCACCAGCCCCCCUGAGGGCAGCAAACAAACCCAGCGGCAGUGGAGGUCCAGCAGUGUCAGAGCUCAGCACCCAGGCCAGGGAGAGCCUGAGGUGGGAGGGAGGACUGGAGGACCCCCAGGCUGAGGAGAAGAGGCUGGAGCUGUACAGGGCCAACAGGCGGCAGCGUUACAUCACACACAGAGACACUGAGUUGAAAGAAAGCCAGGAUGCACUGAGACAGAUUCUUCCUAAAGUGCACGGUGAGAAAAAGGCUUUGACUGAAUCUUUCCAUCAGGAGACUGCAUCAUUACAGCGAUUGAGCACACACUUAAGUAUAGAGGCAAACCACAUUUAAUCAUAUCAGGCUUUAUUUGUUAACAGUGUAAAACAGAUUGAGGCACAUGAGUAAGGAUCUUUUGCUGCCGUUGAAGACGAACUCAGAAUGAGCUGCCAGUUCUGUACUUUUUAAAACAGCCGAUAGAAAUGUUUCUCUGGCAGCUACAGACCAACACAUCCACAGUGGACCUGAAUAGGCCUAUUCAGAGUUUAUCUUGUGCUUAUAACUUAUGCAACACUUGCGGAAAGUCCCGGAUGUGAUAAUUCAGGACUGAAACACUAUCAGGAUAAUGUCCCACUCCUCCAUAUCCACAAGUCAGAGAGAAAGAAAGGGGUUGAAAGUAAGAACCAUAAAAUAUCAAUUUCUUUAGAUUUUUUUUCUUCAAAUUGGUUUAAUUAAAAUUGAAAUGUGACUAAAAUGAUUUGAUACUACUUAGUCACACUGUAAAAUAAUAAGUGUUUAAAAGCUCAUUCAAUGUUUUAUUUAAUUUUUUUGGGUGGAACAAUAUGCAGGGAUAUUCUUUUCUCUCAUUUCUUGCUGCUCUGUAUUUUUAACUAUAUGAGACAAACAAAAAGGCAGGCAGUUUAAAACCUACAUAUUUGGUCCAGUAUGUAGUUUGAUGUCCUCCCUGAUUCAACAAUAUAUUAAUAAUGAUAUUUUCAGUGUAAGUGAUGAUGAGGUAACAUAAGACUCAUUUACAGAGAGACACAUUAUUUAUAGUUGGUAUUUCCUGCCUGUGCUGAGUCGCUGCUGGACGACAGGGGGCAGAGAGGUCACACGUUUCCUGAGUGAAUGAAAAGCUCCAACACUGAUGAGUCAAUGAAUACAAAAGGAGACAGAGCUGUGGUGACUGAGAUGUUUUGUUAUUCGUGAACAAAGUGAAACGCAGGACAAAAAAGUUUAAAAGACAAGUAACAUCCUUGUUAUUUUCUAUCUGGGAAUCAGGAUUCACUUUGCUCAACAAAGGUGGUGAAUGAAAGGACUAAUAUUCAGGAUUGUUCUUAAUCAUACGAGAGCUGCAUCUUUCACUAAAAAUCCUCUGGAGAACAAAACAUGAAGAAUAUGCAUUGUACUCAAUGACUCUCUGUAAUAAUUAAUAGUUUGGGUGAAGCUGCUCAGCUUUUUGUUUUGAACGCAAUCCUCAGAAAAAUGUGAGAUUACAGGGAAAUCUAGGUGCUGUUGUCUUCUGCCAGUAAAAUGAACAAAAGAAUGAAUAUGAUUCUACUUUCAGCUUAAACAAGCUGUGCAACAGAAUGUACCUCAUCUAUCAUUAAUGAUCUGUCACCUUACCGUGACUGAUUUCCGCAUCAAUGUGUUGAAGAACCUUGAUUCCAGGUAUUUAAUGUGCUCUGUUAGCCAAUAAAAAAACAGA